AUGAAGGGACUGGCUGCGAUACAAGGAUUUUGCGCCGCAACAAAAGAAUAUUGUCCUCCGGGACCGUCUGGUAAAACAGGACCGCCUGGAGAAAAAGGACCUCCGGGUAUGGAGGGACAAAAAGGUGAAAGAGGAGAAAGAGGUUUUCCAGGGGAACCAGGAAUGCGUGGACCUCACGGACUACAGGGAGAAGCAGGUCCCAGAGGUCCUAAAGGAACGACCGGUUGGCCAGGAGCUCCCGGUUUGGAUGGAAGAGAUGGAGUGCCUGGAGAACCCGGUUUAGAUGGUAUACCGGGAAGAUCAGGUUUAGACGGUUUACCUGGAAUGGAUGGUUUACCAGGUAUGCACGGAGCACCUGGAUUUAACGGAACCGACGGUGAGUCAAAUCAUAAUUUUUAA